GUAUUAUCAGCACCUUGACUCGUGUCUCAGAUGAAGUAGUGAGUACAGGAGACGUAUUAUCAGCACCUUGACUCGUGUCUCAGAUGAAGUAGUGAGUACAGGAGACGUAUUAUCAGCACUUUGACUCGUGUCUCAGAUGAAGCAGUGAGUACAGGAGACGUAUUAUCAGCACCUUGACUCGUGUCUCAGAUGAAGAAGUGAGUAUAGGAAACUCGUGUUAUCAGCACCUUGACUCUUGGGACGAAAUUAAAAAGUGCCCUAAAAGAGCAUUGUAAGAACAACACUAGAUGGUCUUGGCCAGCUGAAAUGACUGUUACUUAUUCUUUGGAGGUCUCCAGGACGCGACUGUGUGGAUUCAGUAAACUUCUCAUUAGGUGGAAGGCAAGCAUUUACAAGACACUCUGGCGAGAGGUUGCCAUCUUCAUUGUUUUUUAUUAUGCCCUUAGCGUACUUUAUCGAUAUAUACUAAUGGAAAAUCAGAAAAGAAUAUUCGAAAAGGUAGCCCGUUACUGCUCAGUCUUCACAGACGUGAUCCCUCUAUCGGUCAUUCUUGGCUUUUACGUAACUUUAAUUAUAUCUCGAUGGUGGUCCCAGUUUACUUCCAUUCCUUGGCCAGAUAGAACUGCGACGAUGAUCGCCAGCUGUGUACAUGGAUCAGAUGAACGAAGUCGAACAAUCCGCCGAACUUUGGGCCGGUACCUUUUGUUGAUGCUGCUCAUAACAUUUCAGGCAGUCAGUACAUCUGUGAAGAAGCGGUUUCCUUCUUUAGACCAUAUUCAAGAAACUGGAAUAAUGACAGCUGAGGAACGAAAAGCCUACGAGAAAAUAAAUUUGUGCGGAAGCAAAUGGUGGAUCCCUGCCCAAUGGUUUGCAUGUUUGACGCUGAGAGCUAGAAAGGAGGGGAGGAUUAAAGACUCCAUUCAAAUGGAUACACUUUUACUGGAAAUGUGCACUUUUCGUAGCUUCUGUGGAGACAUGCUGAAUUACGAUUGGGUCAGUAUCCCUCUGUUAUACACCCAGGUUGUGACGCUAGUAACCUAUACGUUCUUCUUAACCCACCUGAUGAGCAAACAGAGCUUGGAAUCGGACAGUAACCAUGUCGGCGAAGUUGACUUUUAUGUUCCAUUCUUCACGUUGUUCCAGCUCUUCUUUUACAUGGGAUGGCUAAAGGUUGCAGAACAACUGAUUAAUCCUUAUGGAGAGGAUGAUGACGAUUUCGAAUUGAAUUGGUGCCUGGAUAGAAAUAUACAGGUUUGA